AUGGUUGAGGUGCUACUUGUUCACACCCUCACUUUUCAAUCUGGAACUGAGAAUUUUGCCAUUUGGGGUUACCUUUUUGGAGACAAAGGUAGCAAUUCGGAAGUGGGCAGGGACUCUCGCAUUGUAACCAGCAGAAUCAGAAAGGGAGAGAAUAGUGAAGCAAAUGCCCUUGGGAAGCUGCUGCUCCUCCUCUUGUACAAUGAAGACAGAAACCUGCUUCGAAUUAGAGAGAAGGAAAGACGCAACCAGGAAGCUCACCAAGACAAAGAGGCAUUUUCUGAAAAGAUCCCCCUUUUUGGAGAGCCCUACAAGACAGAAAAAGGUGAUGAGCUAUCUAGUCGAAUACAGAACAUGUUGGGAAACUAUGAAGAAGUGAAGGAGUUCCUUAGUAGCAAGUCCCACCCUCAUCACUUGGAUGCUUCUGAAAACAGGUUGGGAAGGCCAAGAUAUCCUUUAUUUCCUGAGAAGGGGAGCAGCAUUCCAUCCCACUCCUUCCACACUAGUGCCCACCACCAGCCUGUUAACACUCCUGCCUCUGGACCACUUCCUGUUGGUAACAUUAGCCACAAUCCAAAGAUGGCACAGCCAAGAAUGGAACCAAUGUCCAAUCCUCGUGUCAAAAGCUAUGGGCCACCAGACAGCCAGCACCCGACCCAAGAUCGCCUCGGUCAGGAGGGGUGCAGCUCCAGUCAUCACAGAAAGGGUGACCGCAGGGCUGAUGGAGACCGCUGUGCUUUGGUGACAGACUCCGCUCCAGAGAGGGAGCUCUCUCCCUUACUCUCCUUGCCUUCCCCAGUGGCCCCCCUGUCACCUGUACGUUCCAACCAGCAGACUCUUCCCAGGACACAAGGAAGCAGCAAGGUUCACAACAGUAACAGUAACAAUAAAGGCUAUUGCCUAGCCACAUCUCCCAAAGACCUCGUGGUAAAGGUCCACGAUAAAGAGACUCCUCAAGACAAUUUAGUGGCAGUUGCCAGCCUUGGGGUGGCCCCUCCCCAGCCACCUUCUCAGACUUUUCCCCCACCUUCCCUCCCCUCAAAAACUGUUGCAAUGCAGCAGAAGCCCACAGCUUAUGUCCGGCCCAUGGAUGGUCAAGAUCAGGCUCCUAGUGAGUCUCCUGAACUGAAGCCCCUGCCGGAAGACUACCGGCAACAGACCUUUGAAAAAACAGAUUUAAAAGUGCCUGCCAAAGCCAAGCUCACCAAGCUGAAGAUGCCGUCUCAGUCAGCUGAGCAGACCUACUCCAAUGAAGUUCAUUGUGUUGAAGAGAUUCUGAAGGAAAUGACCCAUUCAUGGCCGCCUCCUUUGACAGCAAUACACACGCCUAGUACAGCCGAGCCCUCCAAAUUUCCUUUUCCCACAAAGGAUUCUCAGCACAUCAGUUCUGCAACCCAAAACCAAAAACAAUAUGAUACAUCUUCAAAAACCCACACUAAUUCUCAGCAGGGAACAUCCAUGCUUGAGGAUGACCUUCAGCUCAGUGACAGUGAGGACAGUGACAACGAACAAAGCCCAGAGAAGCCUCCUCCUGUAUCUGCACCUCCAAGUGCUCCGCAGUCGCUUCCGGAAGCAGCGGCCUCAGCACAUUCCAGCAGUGCCGAGUCAGAGAGCACCAGUGACUCAGACAGCUCCUCGGACUCGGAGAGCGAGAGCAGCUCAAGUGACAGCGAAGAGAAUGAACCCCUAGAAACUCCAGCUCCUGAGCCUGAGCCUCCUACAACAAACAAAUGGCAGCUGGACAACUGGCUGACCAAAGUCAACCAGCCGGCAGCACCCCCGGAGGCGCAGGGGAGCGCAGAGCCCCUGCCUCGGCACCCCGACAGUAAGGGCAAGGGUGGGGGCGACAGCGGCGGCCCCACCCCUGGUCACGAGCGCUCAGAAUCCAAAGAUCCUCCCCUCAAAAGCUCCAGCAAAGCCCCUCGGGGCUCCUCUGAAGGCCCCCACGCCGGCAAGAGAAGCUGUCAGAAGUCCCCCGCGCAACAGGAACCCCCGCCGAGGCAGACCGUCGGAACCAAACAGCCCAAGAAGCCCGUCAAGGCCUCGGCCCAGGCGGACUCGCGGGCCGGCCUGCAGGUGGACUCGCGGGCCGGCCUGCAGGUGGAAAGUGAGCCAGGACCCCCUCCGUACGGCUCCAAAGACCAGCCUUCCAAAGACAAGCCCAAGGUGAAGACGAAAGGGAGGCCCCGUGCCGGAGACAGCAGAGAGCCCAAGCCCGGGGCGCCUAGCCCCAGCGAGCGGAAGAAGCACAGGAGCGCGCCGCUGGCCCCCUCAAAGGCGCUCUCGGGCCCGGAGCCCACGAAGGACAAUGCGGGGGCCAGGAGCCCCGAGCACUUUGCCCUGGUUCCCCUGACCCAGAGCCAGGGCCCACCCCACGGCGGCGGCGGCGGCGGCGGCGGCAGGACUAGUGGCUGCCGGCGCGCUGUGGUCGUCCAGGAGGACCGCAGGAAGGACAAGCUCCCGGGGCCCGCGAGAGACCCCAAGCUGCUGUCCCCGCUCAGGGACACUCCUCCCCCUCCAAUCUUGAUGGUGAAGAUAACCCUGGACCUUCUUUCCCGGAUACCCCAGCUUCCUGGCAAGGGGGGCCGUCCGAGGAAACCCGAGGACAAGCAGCCCCCCGCAGGGAAGAAGCCCGAUUCCGAGAAGAGGGGCUCUGACAAUUCAAGCAAGUUGGCCAAAAAAAGAAAGGCUGAAGCAGAGAAAGACCACGAUAGCAAGAAGGCCAGACUGGAGAAAGAAACCAAGUCACAGUCGUCAUCUUCAUCCUCCCACAAAGAAUCUUCUAAAACAAAAACAUCCAGGCCCUCCUCUGAGCCCUCAAAGAAGGAAGCGCUUCCCCACCCACCUGCGUCUUCAUCCUCCUCCUCCUCCUCCUCCUCCUCCCAGAAGCCAGCCAAGCCUGCACAAAAGAGGCCAAGGCGGGAAGCCGACCCCUGCAGCCAGGACCCUCCCCAAAGUGCCAGUAGUAACAAGGGCAACCACAAAGACUCUUCCGCCCCCAAGCACAGAAAAGUCGAGGGGAAGGGACCUGGAAGCAGUACAGAGCACAAAGGAUCUUCUGGAGAUACUGCAUAUCCUUUUCUAGUGCCUUCUUUGCCAAAUGGUAACUCGAAACCAGGGAAGCCUCCAGUGAAGCCUGACAGACAACAAGCAGAUUUUCACAUGAAGGAGGCCAAAAAGUUGAAGCAAAAAGCAGAGUUAAUGACAGACAAGGUUGGGAAGGCUUUUAAGUACUUGGAGGCCGCCUUGUCCCUCAUUGAGUGUGGGAUUGCCACGGAGUCGGAAAGCUCGACGUCCAAGUCGGCUUACUCGGUGUACUCGGAAAGCGCGGACCUCAUUAAAUUUAUAAUGUCGUUAAAAUCCUUUUCAGACGCCUCAACUCCACAAGAGAAAAUAUUUGCUGUUCUAUGCAUGCGUUGCCAGUCCAUUUUGAACAUGGCGAUGUUUCGUUGUAAAAAAGAUACAGCAAUAAAGUAUUCUCGUGCUCUUAACGAACACUUCAGCAGUUUUUUCAAAGUUGCCCAGGCACCUUCUCCAUGCAUUGCAAGAAGCACAGGCACACCGUCCCCUGUCUCUCCAAUGCCUUCUCCUGCCAGCUCCGUCGGCUCCCAGUCAAGUGCUAGCAGCGGAGGGAGCAGCGGCAUGCCUGUCACCAUCCAAAACAUGACGUCGUCUUAUGUCACCAUUACAUCCCAUGUCCUUACCGCCUUCGAUCUUUGGGAGCAGGCUGAGGUCCUGACGAGGAAGAAUAAAGAAUUUUUUGCUCAGCUCAGCACAAGUGUGUGCGCCUUGGCCCUCAACAGCAGUUUGAUGGAUCUGGUGCACUAUACAAGACAGGGUUUUCAGCGGCUAAAACAAGCAACCAAAACACCUUAACGGAGGCCCAAGUUGAUUUGAUGGCUUGGGAACUUUUUUGCACAUUGAAAGCCUCAAAAACAGUUCAGACGUUUGUCUCAUCAAGACACCAAACUCGAGAAGAGAAGCACCAUGAGAUGGCCAGGACAUUUGUCCGCUUAAGCUUUCAAGAACUUAUGUGAUCAUUGGUUGGACAUGGUGGUUAUACAGAAGCAGAGAGGAGGAGGCUGGCCUCAGAGAUGAUCUUGCCUUUCCUAACUGAAGGACAGAAGUGCAAUGUAGACUAAGUGGGCGUAUGAGUGGUCUAGAAACAUUUCCGUACUUUUUUUAACCAGCAGGAUACAAAUGGCAGAUGAAAUGAGGAGAAGCAGUUUCAGCUCUGAGAGCAAGUUCAUGUCAUCUCAGUAGCCACCCUAGUCUAUUCCCAGAAGGAAAUAUUUUAAACAAUGAAUUUUGGUGUAGGGUUUUGUGGAUGAUUUUUUUUUUCUUUUAAGUUUUGGGGGAAAUCUUUGUUUAGUAAAUUCUUAACGGUCAUCUAUAAAGCGUAAGUUGUGAAGGACUCCACUGUACCCCACUUUCUGCCCGUGAACAGUGACUUUGAUAAUACCAAGUAUUGUCACAAUUUAUAAAAUUGAAGGCAACUCCCCCACACCCCCCACGCCCCUGUUGCCUGGAGUACCGCGCGUUCACCCCACUUCUGAUUUCUCCGUCACUGCUGAGAGUCAGCCUAAGUCCGAGCAGUGGAGCGAGGAGCUGCUGCCCACGGGGACGCCAUCUUGAGAUCGCAUGCACGAUGGAGGACGUGGCGGUGUCAUCUCCACCCCCUGCUUCAGCGAAAGGCAGUCACCAUUGACUAUAUUCUGAAUUUUCUACCUUGGGGAAGAAGGGAACCAACAUUUAUACCCGACCAGAUGGCUAAAGUGCUUUUUAAUUUUUGUUUAAGUAGAGCUGGAAUUUGAGGUGCUGAUCUGUGGUCUACAGUUAUGUGGUAACUCAUGUUGUCUAACCAACUCAGAAUUUUGUCAGCAAACAAAGAAAAAUGAAAUCUACUUCUUAGAGAGGCUAUAUUUUUCUGCUACAGAUUAUUUUAUAUUUAUAGCAAAAGUAGACUUUCUGAGCCCUUGAUUGUCUAGGGUAAGUCAACUCCCAGGAGGAUGUGGAGAUUUGGGUGGUUAAUUAGACUUAAAAAAAAAAAAAAAAAAAAGUCACCACAUGCCUUCACUCCAAAGUGUUCUCAGUCAACUAGAUUCGAUUGGAUUGAAGAACCGUGGCCUUCCCAUAUGUUGUUAUUGCCAUAUUCUAGACGUUAAACCAAGUUCAUAGGGAAUGACCUAAAAUGAAAGAACACAGUCAAAAUUCCCACGUAACCAUAAGCACAGAUUUUUUUUUUUAUUGAAACUUUGAAGGCUAUUGGAAGCAUUAUUUUGAGUGCAGUGUUGUUAAAAGCCAAUUCUUGAUAUCCCUUUUAGAAGUAGAAUUUGCACAUGUAUUAAAAUUGAGGAGUGAGUGUUAUCGCUACCAUCGGUUCAUUUUUUUCUCUCCCUUUAUCCCAUUCUGCCCCUCUACAUUUUGUUUCCUACCCAGAACAUUUGUCAUUUUCAUAUUAUUAAUGAAGAAGGGAGUGCCAUCUUUAUAAGGAAGAGGUCGAAGGUCCAUACAAGGAAUGUAAGAACUCGGUGAUCUGGUCAAUACGUAAAGAGAUGUGUAGAGGAUGGGAGUGAUGAUGAUUUCUCACGUAUGAAUUGUUCGUGUGAAGCUGUUCCUUCAGUCUCUCAGCCAGCCUCUUCUUUGUUAUCAGUAGCUAGUUCAGAGGUUUGUUACCUCAUGUUUAGGUUAAAGCCAGAGAGUUACAGCAGUACUACUAUCUGAGCAUGAGGACUGGAUGUGUGGUCUUGAUGGACCGAUUUCAUUCGCUGAUGUUCUAAAGCAAGGCCAUUUAACAAAACCUUUUGUUAAAUGAGCAGUAAUUGUCUGUUGGGUUGUGGCAUCAUGCCCAUCUCUUGUAUGUGUGAAACAAGACACCAGAUUCAGGUUUCUGUGGUUAUUUAAUGUCCUUUUCCCACUUAUUCACUUGGCCUUCUCUGCCCCUUUGUCCCACCAUUCCCCAGUACAAGUCACCUGUCAGUUUGGGAAGCUGUGUCUUUUUCGGACAGGUUCUGAUCUAUGCAGAUGUGUUGGAGUGUGUGUGUGUGUGUUCUGUCAGUGAGCGACACUGCUCCUGUGACUAAAGACAUCUCGGCGUCAAUUGCUCAGCCACUUCUAAAAAAAAAAAAAAAACUGAUUGCUUUUUCAGUGGCCUUAUUCUUCGUGUGUAGUGUUUUUCUCCCCUGACCUUUAUAUUAAGAAUUUAUUUGUCCCUUGAAAAACUAAUCAAUUUGCAGAGAUCAAUUUGUAGUAUUUUGAACAUGGGAUAUUUCCGAUUCUUACUGCCUUGUACCUAAAAGAGGAUUCCCAGUGGCUAUUUUUUAAAUAGAGUAUGUGAAAAAUAGUGGCUGAUGAAUCCUUAAUGUUCAUAAGGUCUUUUUUUCCUGUUACAGUUGUAUAUAGAAAUCUUAAAGAAUUUUAAAAAUCACUGCACUUUUUCACUGCAUGCUUAAAUUCCCAAAGGCAGAAUUUGUACUGAGGUAGAUCAUUGAAAGGACUAGAUUAUAAAAUGAGACAAAUAACAAAGCAUCUUAAGGAGUGAAAAUUGAGUGUAAAAUCUUGCCUUUGGCACUACAGUUGUGUGUGUGUGUGUGUGUGUGUGUGUCUUUACUAGGAAAUGGAAGAACACUGUUUUACUUUUUAAAAUGUUGAAUGUUUCUGUCAUUUCUGGAGAUAAUUAAAAUGUGAAUCACUGAACUUGAGAUUUUAGCCAGACUAGGAGCCCUGCUAAAGGAUGAUAAACACUUCACUGAAAUUUACCAAAUGACACUGGGUUAAGAAUGUGAAAACAUUCGCCACAUGUGAGCUGCGGUGAAGAAGCGAGGGUCCAGGGGGUGUAUUAUCAGGACGAGAGCUGCAAUAGCAUGACUUCUAGGAUACACUCAGUGCUGACUGGUAAUGAAUCAGAAUUUUUCUUUUUUUAAAUAAAAGGAUCUUUAUUUUAUAGAUCUGUUUUGACCAAGAUAUUUAGCUUUUCCCCCUAGACAAAUUAGAACACAUUUAUAUCCUUUGAUUCCAGAUCCCAGGCUUUUGAGAAGCUAAGAGUUGACCCCUUUCUGGCUGAAAACUUGCCUUAAUUGGUACCUUAAAUAUUCAUGUCAGUAGAACCAGGAGCUUACUAUUUUGUUAGGAUUCCUGUCCAAUAAUUUUUAGAAGCAAAAAGAUGAACCAUUAUGUCCUUCAAAAUGAACAGCUUUUGUAUCUGAUACAGAAAGGAGAUGUGCGUGUGUUGUACGCAUACAUACGCAUUCACACACACACAGACUAUGAGGCUGGUUGAAUUAGAUGUAUUCAUUGUGCCUUUGUUGACCAAACCUAAUUUUGAAAUAAUACUAAUUUGGGAUAAUGCUGUAUUUAUUUAAUACGGCUUUAAGACAUGUUAAUGUGGGUCUUGUACCUUUUGUUCUGCUUCAUGAAGUUUGAGGCAUAUUUAUUCAUCUUCAGGUAAAUGAAUCAAAUAAGGCUUGAUUCCCUACCUCCCACCACAGAUUCUACUUUUUUCUUAAGGAUUUAUUUUCCCAGACACUACACAAAUCUUUGAAAAACGUUGCCACUUCUUCUACUACAGUCUUUACCAUCAAUUGCCAGUAUUUCAGUUUUGCAAGGAUAUUUGGGCUUCUUUUAGAAACACAAAUGCAGAGAUUUGCUCACUGGAAAGUGAGUUGUGUGUGGGGCUACGGAGGCGAGUCAGGAUUAUGGUGGUACUUCUUUGUUCCCUUUCUGUAAUGGGUUGUCUCUUCUGAUUGUUUUUGGUCCUGUUGAGAAUUGAUGAAUAUAAGGUUUUUCCUGUGCCUUUUCAUCUUUUGUCCUUUUGUUUGCUGGAGGUUGAGUGGCAGAAUUACAUGGUGUUGGGGAUCUUCCUUCAAACAUUGCAAGGGGUAUUUGUACCAUAUAAACCUCCAAUAUGCAAUCCAGUCGUGUUGGUUUCUCGGUGACUAAGAAUGAUGACCACUGGCCAUGUUCUUUAGUUCUUAAGAUGAGCUGGCAAGCACCACCUAUCUACUUAAGGGGGCUGUGGACUUCCUGUUGUCCUAGGGAAAUCACACAAUGUUCCACUGUGCAACAGAUCUCAACAGGUACUGUGAUGGGUAGAAAAGUGCCUGUAUUUCUCUACCAACAAGGGCAGGAAGGAAGCCUACAGCUCCCUGUGAGCCUAGAUAAUACUCUCUCGGCCUGCAAGGACAAGGGAAUAAGACCACUGGCAGCAAGGCUGGCCAAGCUGCACUGGUGAGACCAGGCGGUGGCCGACCUAAGGCAGAUAACGUGCUUUGCUUAUAAAAGUAGAUGUUUAAGUGAUGCUUAACACAGGCAGUAUUAACUUCGCCUUUUGUUCAGGCCAUCAACAUGUAUUGUUAAAAUUACUGCACGUUCCCCCUCAGAUAUCAAGUAUACACUGUUCAUGUUGGGGUGUGUGUGUGUGUGUGUGUGUGUUUAUAGGUAUGUGUCCCAAAUCUUUUUUGUCUUUUUCUGAAUGUGAUCAUGUUUUGGAUGAUACCUGAGCAGGGUUGCCUUUUUUUAUUUAUUACCAUUAUAUAUUAUAUUAUAUUAUAUAUUUGUUGCUUUCUUAUAACUUUAGAGGAAGUCAAAUCUUGGUAUUAAAAUUGUUUAAAAAAGGAAUAAAUUGCCCAGUUGAUAAAUGAUCACUGGUCUAUCUAAAAUACGAAUUUGUCUCUAGUUCUUGUGGAAUAAUGUGCCAGCUGUCUAGUCCACACAGUGAGUUUGUACGUAGGCUAGGGAAGCAGGGAUGCUCUCAGCGGGAAGAUGUGCAACACAAGUAAGGGGGACGCCAUGUAUUGUAUCUACUUCAGCAAUGGAACUGCAACUUGGGGCUUUUGUGAAUAAAAUUUAGCUGCCUUGUAUAGUCCUUUGAAAGAGACGUAUGUGAUCUGUGAAAAUUAUAGUUUUCUUUUUUUAGAAGAAAAAUUUGCAAAAGAUCUUUCCAAAGAUAACGUGCCACAGAUCUUUUGUUUGUUGUUCUCUGUAAUGAGGAUUAAUUGCUGUUUAAAAAGACAUGUAAUUGACUUGUUAAUCUUCAAAUUCUUUCCUUUUCACAAGAGGAUCGAGCUGUAAAAAAAAAAAUAAUAAUAAAAAUUUAGA